ACAGGACCCAAGUCAUCUAUGUACAAUUUUCUUAAUGGCCGUCCAUAGGGUACGCGUUCCUGUCUGAAAACAAUUUCUGAUUUGUCGAGUUUGAAAUUUCAAAAAGUGUCCAGCGAAAAUGUACAAUAGCGACGCUCUAGCAGUGAUGGAAUGCGAAAACGUUUACAUUCCAGAACAAAUAGCGAGAAACUUCAAGUGUAGCGUUUGCCAGAAGUACCUUUUCGUACCUCCGGUGACUACGAACGAUGGGACGACGUUCAGAUGUGGCCGCUGCAGUUUUAUCCCCACAGACAUGAACACGCCAGUGUUUGGAUUUGAAAAGCUCGCCUCAUAUCUUGCUUAUCCAUGCACCUUCCAGGGUUGCUCCAAGGUACUUCCAUGGGAUGAAAUAAGUGCCCACGAACAAAUUUGCAGGUUUAGGAUUAUCAGCUGUCCUUGUUAUAGUUGCGAUGAGUCUUACCCUAUAAACAAACUUAUGGUGCACUUUGACGAGAAACACAAGAAGUACAUGUGCAUGACCCAGUGUCAUAUACAAAACAGGAACAUUAAACUGCCUAACAGGUGUCUGAUGAGGCUGUUGAUAAGCCAUGGACAGCCCUUUUUGAUGUUCAACUAUAGGGACGAUGUGCAUUUUUGGGUUAGUGUCUAUUGCAUCGGACCACUUAAUAAAAGAUUUAAUUUUGAUAUAACUUUUACAUCUUUGAAUGGCAAAUACUCUGUAGGGAUUAACAAUGAGGCCAUAGUGCCAUUCAAUGAGUCUGAGCACUGUAUAAACUGUCUGGACAAAGAGUGUCGGUUGAAAUUCCACAAAUACUCGCAAAUUUAUCAAGGUAACGAAAGGAUAUUUGAUAAAAUGACUGCCAAAAUUAAAGUGGAUAAUGUGGUGAAAGCAGUAGGAUCAGACUCGGUAAAUUACACAGUAAAAAUAGUGGAAAAGGUCCAAGAAGAUCCUUGCAUGGAACAAGAGUCAAAACGAGACUUACAGUUGCUGAUAUUCAUGACAAACUUGGAGUGUCAGGUGUGUAAAGGUCUAAUGUCGGCUCCAAUUUAUAAUUGUAAAAUAGGACACACAAUUUGUAAGGAGUGCAGGUGGAAAGUGAUGAAGUGUCCGCAGUGUCAGAAGAACUAUAGUGAUUCCAGAUGUUUUGCCUUGGAAGAUAUUGCUGAUAAAAUUAAACUCGAGUGUAAGAAUAAAAAUAUGGGGUGCAAGUUUGUCGGAAAUGUCGAUCAGAGUAUUGAACAUGAUAAGAUUAGAUUUAAGAAAAUGACAGAUCAAACAAUCAUUGCCUUCAUUAGAGAAUAUGAAUCUGAAGCCUGUGAUAUUCGAGUAACUUUAACCUUAACUUCCACCAAUGGCCAGCAAAUAACCAAAGAGAUUAAAGGUUAUGCCAAACUAUCCAACACCUUAUCAGACAUGAAAAAAAGCAUUAAGCAAAACAUUGUCGAAUCAUUUGCCGCCGAUAAAGAAAAUUCUUGUACAGUGAAUUUACCUAAAGAAGUUACCGUUGAAUUCCUGAGAGGUACUAAUACUGCAAGAGAAAGUAUAUUGAUUAGAUCCUUUAAUAAUUUGAAUGAAGAAAAGUCCUUAAAGAUCUUGGACCAAACCUUCACCAUUAUCCUCAAUGCUCCUCUAGUUAAAGGACUCAAAUUGCCUGAAACUAUCACUGCCAAAUACCCGGUGGAGCCAUCAAUCUUCAAAGGCUAUAAAGUUUACAGGCCGGCAUCGAAAUUUUUAUGGUACAAAUCGCAAGACAAACAAACCUGGCAUAAAGUGGGCGAAGGAUUUUCGUAUGAUGUGAAGGAGAGCGAUGUGGGGCACCUUUUGAAGCUCUGUUGUGUUCCAUAUAGCAAAUUUAAGGUUAAGGGACCUGUUAUUGAGGCGGAAUCCAGCAAUCCCGUGGAAUUUCUACCAGAGUUGCCUCGGUGUCCUUUUGAGGCAAGGCACAACCUGACAAAGGACGUACUUAGUAAACAAAUGUUUAGGAUGGUUUCUUAUAAUAUUUUGGCCGACCGGUAUAUCGAUAAUGAGAGUUUUAGGUAUUGUCCACGUUCUGCGCAAGGAAUACAUUACCGAAAACAACUUAUAAUUAAAGAACUUGCAGGUUAUAACGCCGAUAUUAUAUGCCUCCAAGAAGCAGACGAACCCCAUUACGAAUCAUAUUACCACACCCAAUUAAAAGACUUAGGUUACCGGUCAUAUUUUAACAGAAAAGGCAAUUGUAUCCCCGAGGGUCUAGUAUGUGCCUUCAAAUCGAAGCGAUUUAGGCUUCUGGAGCAUAAACAUUUGGUGCUAAAAUCCACAGUUGAUCGAAAACAGUUUCAGAAAGUUCUGGAACUGCUGGAGCUAAAUAGCACCGUCAAACAGGAUUUUCUCAAGCAAAACACUUCGGUACAAACGGUCGUUUUAGAGGACACACACAGUGGGAAACUUUUAAUAGUGGGAAACACACAUUUGUACUAUCAUCCGGACAUGGACCACAUAAGGCUGUUACAGGCUUUUAUGGCCACGAUGCAUUUGCUUAAUUUGAAAUUUAAAAUUGAAAAGGAGUACAGAGGCAAGGAAGUAAUAGUGAUUUUAGGUGGUGACUUUAACAGUGAUUUUUCAAAGUCUCUUUAUGGAUUCAUGAUACGGGGAACCAUCGAUCCGAAGCACUCUGAUUGCUUAACCAUUUCUCCCCACGGUGACGCCACAAUUUUCCAUAAGUUUUUGUUUACGAGCGCCUGUGGCACCCCCAAAUACACCAACUAUACCGAAGAGUACAAGGGCUGUUUGGACUAUAUUUUUAUUGAGAAAUUAAAAUUGACUGUAUCUAGGGUCAUUCAUGUGCCUACGGAAGAGGAGUUGGAACAGUACGUGGGGCUGCCCAAUGAGGUUUAUCCUUCGGAUCAUUUGGCUUUGGUGGUCGAUUUGAAGUAUAUUUAAGGUUCAGACAUUGUGAUUUAGAGUUUAAUGUUGUUUAGACAUAGGGUUCCUUGUUAAUAUGGACAGUUCCAGUAUAGUUGGUCUUAGCAGUGUUGGCAGGGCUGAGGAAAUUUCACCAGAUAUUAUUAUUUUUUCUGAUAGUUAUCUAAUUUAAGAAAUCGGCCCUCUACAGACUCCUUAAGUCUAUAUUCUAAGAAACUAAUAGAAUUUUUGAUAAUAACUGUUAACAUAGAGUUGGGAAAGGCCUGUGAACUUUUUUGUCUAAAAUUGGAAAAAUUAAUUUUUGUUCACCUGGCAGCACUGUGGACUAGGACCAUAAAUAAGGACCAUACAUACAUAAAUAAAGCUCUAUUUAAAGUUGACUAAUGUCCUUCUCAAGGCAGAGAAUUUUAUCUGUUGUUAAAUUUUUGUAUGUUGGUUGAUUAAUAUAUUUUUGUAAAUGA